CUCCAUUGUUCUCGUCGUCAACUAACUCAUUCAGCGCAUCUCUCUGACUGCUAGACAUGGCCAGACGCGAGAAGUGACAGGACCUCGCCACCAGAAGCCACGACGACGCGAUCCGACCUCCUCGCUUAUCAACACCGCGCCGGUCAAUCUUGAACGCGAGGGACACUUCCCCAACACAUCUACACAACAACAACUUAACCUGCCCCGAUCUUCGGGGCUUACCACUGUGUCUAUCCCCAGUCCUCAAGGGCAAUCAUCUCAUCGCCGUUCUUCUAUUGCCACCUCCUCUUCCUCCUCCUCGAACAUCCCUCGUCGUCGAACGACCAUGUCGCUCCCGACACCUCCACUCACCCCCAAGACAUUCCCGUCGAUCGCCGCGGCUAUGAGUGGCGCGAGCACCGGCGCGACUUACCCAUUCGGCGGGCCCCGUACGCGUGCCCAGUCGCGCCGCAGCCCGUUGUCGAGCCCACUCGCCUCUCCAGAUGACUUCUCGGUGCCCCCGGCACUGGAGACAGUUCCCGAGCUGGAGAUGCCCGAGGCAUCGCUCUCGUUCACCGGCCUGGACAAGCCAUCAUCGGACGACGCCGAGCACCAGUGGCGACCGGGAAUGACUGCCGGGCAGCGCGACGCACGUGAAGCCUGGCUAUCUGAGGCUAGAGGUCGCAAGGGCUUGCGUAUCGUGAUUGUGACAGAGAACUUUCUGCCCAAGGUCGACGGCGUGACGCGUACGCUCGCGAGGUUGCUCGAGCACCUCGAGCGUGAGGGCCACAGCUGCAUGCUUCUGGGCCCAGAGACCAGUAUGAGCCACUACGCCUCGCACCCCCUCGUCGGCACUGCUGGUGUUCCUCUGGUGGUCUACCCGGGAUUGAAGCUCAAUUUCCUGCGCCCCAAAUUUAUGCGUGUGAUUCAGGACUUCCAGCCCGACGUCAUCCACUUUGUCGACCCCAUUUGGCUCGGAGCCCAGACACUCAUGGCCAUGGAGCUGGGCUGGGCCGGUGAGGACUGGGUCGGCGAGGGCGGUCCUGCCAUCGGCACGGGGAUCAGCGGCGCCGUCGUUGCAAGCUACCACACCAACCUCGCUACGUACGCCACACUCUUUGGAAUGGCAUGGCUCGAGCCCAUCAUGUGGCGUUUCCAGUCGUGGCUUUACUCCAAGACGCUUCUCACCCUCUGCCCGUCCCCGUCAACAAAGCACAUGCUCGAGUCGCAGGGGUUCAACGAUGUACGACUGUGGCCUCGCGGUGUCGACCUGUCCCAGUUCGGCCCGUCGAAGCGCAGCGCCGAGAUGCGCGCGCUCUGGGGUGUCGGCGAGGCGCCCGGUCGCGUCGCCGCCGUCGCCCCAGUGGGAGAAAAGGACAAGUCCAAGGCCCACGGCACGCACCACACGGGCCGCAAGCCAAGCCUGCCUCUGACGCCUCCCGCCUCCCCCAUCGUCGUGGCGGCGGGCACGGGCCUGCACUUCGCCGAGCCCGAGCCCAUCUCAUCCUCAUCGGGCCCAACUCGCGUCGUCCUCCUCUACGUCGGCCGCGUGUCGUGGGAGAAGAACCUCAUCCUCCUGCUCAAGGCGUACGGCCGCCUGUCGCACCACCUGCCAGCGGGCUUCCCGAUCCCCAAGCUCGUGUUUGUCGGCGACGGCCCCGCGCGCUCCGAGCUCGAGUCCAUCUGCUCCGAGGCGGGCUACGACGCCACGUUCAUGGGCCACAGGCAGGGCGAGGAGCUCGCGGCGUGCUACGCCUCGGCCGACGUCUUUGCCUUCCCCAGCUUCACCGAGACAUUCGGCCAGGUCGUGCUCGAGGCGCUCGCGUCCGGCCUGCCCGUCAUCGGCCUGGACGCAGAGGGCACCCGCGACCUCGUGCAGCACGGCGAGACGGGCCUGCUCCUCCCCCUCCCGUCCGAAGCCGUCGUCAAGCAGAACCUCUCGCGCACCUGGCCGACCAUCUGCCGCAACACGAACCACCCGCUGUUCGGUGCCUGCGCAGACAACUACGCCGCGCUCCUCGCGCAGGCGGCGACGCAGCACACCCUCCGCGCGACCAUGUCUGCCCGCGCGUGCACCGAGGGCAUCAAGGGCUUCACGUGGUGGGACGCCAUGGAGCGCUGCGUAGACGGGUACCGCGAGUCGAUGCGCACCGCCCGUGCCGCGCGCCAAGUCAACAUCACCAUCCCGGACCGCGAGAGCGACUCCGAGGCGGCCACCACCGCCGUGCCGGCCUCCACGUCUCCUUCGCCGCGCAUCUCGCGCGUCAACCGCGCCCUGUCCAAGCGCCUCGCGAACCGCCCCCGUGCCGAGCAUGCCCCCGUCGAGGUCCUCUCCCCCCGCCGCAGGCGCCACGUCUCGUCCCUCCUCAAGUCGGACACGGCCGAGACCCUGUGGCACCUCAAGACGGUCGCAAAGGCGCUCCUCGCCGCCAUGGUCCUCUGGCUCAUCUGGACCCACCACCUCGCGUCCAAGGGCCGCGAGCUCGACUGGGAGGAAGUCUUCUUCGUGCCUUCGCAAGCCGUCUCGGCCUAA